UCAAAACAAGCAGUUAAUGAGACUGCAAAAUGGAGCCAAGCAAAUGUAGACACCCUUAUUGUUCUGAUGGUAGAGGAAGUUAAGAAAGGAAAUAGGACUACUUCGACUUUUAAUAAAGCUGGUUGGAACAACAUUGCCAAUAACUUCAAAGAAAAAAUUGGGGUCAACUAUGCCAUUAUACAGUUGAAGAACAAAGUGAACAAACUGAGGCAGGAUUAUAGUCAGUUUAAGAAGCUAUUGGAGACAACUGGUUUUGGUUGGGAUACUGCUUCAAGAACUUGUACUGUUGAUGAUGAAUCCAUCUGGGAAUCGCAUAUUAAGGAUAACCCUACUUGGGCACGAUUUAAGAAGCAUGGACUACCACAAUGGCUAUAACUAUGUAUGGUAUUUGGUGAUACAUAUGCAGACGGCGAAGGAAGUGGGACUCAAACAACCGUGUUGGAAACUUUGGGGGCCGAUGAUGCUAAGAAUAUGAUUGAGUCUUGUGAUGAGUCAAGUUCCGCUGAUGAAGUUACUCCAUUAGGUGACACUCAAAUUGAAGCAGUGGAAAAAAGGCCAACUACUAAGCAUAGGCAUGAUAGGACUCUAAAUGCAAAAAGGAGGAGGAGCAAGUCUAAUGAUUGGUCAAUGGCAUUCAAGGCAAUUCAAGAUAUGAGUAAAUCAAGGGUAGAACGGGAUGUGAGCAUGUCCACUGCUUCAACCAAAAAUGCAGAACAGAUGUACGGGAUUACUAGGGCCAUGGAGGUGCUUGAGUCAGGAUAUGAGUUAGAUGAAGCACUAUACGAGAAAGUACUUCGGAAGUUAAUGGCUGACCCGCAAUAGAGAGAAGCAUUAAUUUCCUACCCUCCUCAUCGGAAGUCAAUACUCCUUCGUACCCUUCAGUAGUUUGCUUCUUGAAAAGUUCUUUUAAUUAGAUAGAUUGAUAACUCUACUUGGAUUGUGCCUUGACCCUAAUUUUAACUUUGAUGGUUUGCUAUGUUUUUCUUCACUUUUUAAGA